AUGGUUGAUGCUACUACAGGACAUGAAUCCUUAUCUUUCAUGGAUGGAUCAUCAGGAUACAAUCAAAUUCGGAUGACACUCAAAGACGAAGAAAUGACAGCAUUUCGAACUCCGAAAAGGAUAUAUUGUUAUAAGCUAAUGCCCUUCGGACUAAAAAAUGCAGGUGYCACUUAUCAGCGUGCCAUGCAAAAGKUCUUUGAUGACAUGCUACAUAAACAUGUUGAAUGUUWCGUUGACGAUCUCGUGGUUAAGUCCAAAAAGCGACAAGAUCAUCUGGGGGAUCUAAAAGUAGUCUUUGAUCGCUUGAGAAAGUAUCAAUUAAAGAUGAAUCCUCUCAWGUGUGCAUUCGGAGUUACCUCGGKAAAGUUCCUUGGUUUCAUUGUAAGACRUCGGGGAAUCGAAAUCGAUCAGUCAAAGAUUGACGCUAUUCAAAAAAUACCAAGACCUAGGAACUUAUAUGAGCUGAGAAGCCUUCAGGGUCGUCUGGCCUAUAUCAGGAGAUUCAUCUYCAACCUAGCUGGCCGAUGCCAACCUUUCCAGAGAUUGAUGAGGAAGGAUACAAGUUUUGAGUGGGAUCAAGCAUGUGAAAAUGCUUUUGAAAGCAUAAAAAAAUACUUGCUUAAUCCACCCGUCUUAGGUGCACCAAUAGCAGGAAAGYCGUUGAUAUUAUAUAUCACGGYGCAAGAAAGAUCGCUCGGAGCGUUGUUGACGCAAGAAAGAGAAAAAGGGAAAGAACGAGCCYUUUAUUACUUGAGUAGAACCUUAAUCGGAGCUGAGUUAAACUACUCUCYAAUUGARAAGAUGUGUCUUUCUCUCUUCUUCGYUGUCGAUAAAUUAAGGCACUAUAUACAAGCCUUUACGGUGCAUCUARUUGCUAAGGCUGAUCCAAUGAAAUAUAUCUUGUCGAGGCCSAUCAUUUCGGGACGUCUGGCAAAAUGGGCUAUUUURCUCCAACAGUACGAUAUUGUUUACGUACCGCAAAAGGCAAUGAAAGGGCAACCAUUGGCAGACUUCCUAGCGAAUCAUCCAGUCCCAUCAGAUUGGAAAUUGUGCGAGGACUUGCCUGAUGAAGAAGUAUUCUAUGUUGAAGUAAAGGAACCUUGGACCAUGUACUUUGAUGGAGCAWCACGAAGAAAUGGAGAGGGGRCAGGUGUUGUCUUUGUCUCACCUGAGAAACAUAUGUUACCCUAUAGCUUCACACUGGGUGAAUUGUGUUYAAACAACGCUGYUGAAUAUCAAGCGCUCAUCAUAGGACUUCAAAUUGCUAUAGAAAUCGGAAUAACAUACAUUGAGAUCGACGGCGAUUCGAAGUUGAUAAUCAACCAACUUCUGCUGGAGUAUGAUGUGAAGCACGAAGACCUUAAGCCUUACUUCGUUUAUGCGAGACGACUACUGGAGAGGUUUGAUGGUGUAACACUAGAGCAUGUUCCUCGUUCGGARAACAAAAAGGCAGAUGCCCUAGCAAAUUUGGCUAYUGCUSUUAHGGUUUCARAAGAUGAGACGUUGCACAUUUCACUCUGCCAGAAAUGGGUCACCCCACCAAUCGAAAGUGAGCAUCAAGAAGCAAAUGCUAUAUCAGUUUACAUUAUUGAAGAAGAAGAUUGGCGACAGUCCAUUCUAGAUUAUCUUCAACAUGGAAAGCUUCCAGUGGAUUUCCGACAUAAGACUGAAAUACGUAGAAGAGCUGCUCGAUUUAUCUACUACAAAGAUACUCUUUACCGUCGUUCAUUUGAAGGCAUUUUCCUUCGAUGUUUAGGAAAGGAAGAAUCAGCUAAGGCAUUAGAAGAAGCACACUCGGGAGUUUGUGAUGCUUACCAAUCUGGACCAAAGCUCAAUUUCCGAUUAAAGAGAAUGGGUUAUUAUUGGCCCACAAUGGUUCAAGAUUCUAUGGAAUAUGCGAAGAAGUGUGAAGCUUGUCAGAUUCACGCUAAUUUCCUACAUCAGCCACCAGAGCCUCUACACCCCACUGUAGCUUCGUGGCCAUUCGAAUCUUGGGGACUUGACCUUGUCGGUCCUAUAACACCCAAAUCUUCAGCUGGACAUUCUUACAUACUCGCAGCGACUGAUUAUUUUUCAAGGUGGGCUGAAGCGAUUGCACUAAAAGAGGCAAAGAAAGAGAACAUUGUAAAUUUCGUCCGAACUCAUAUAAUUUUUCGGUACGGAAUACCUCAACGAAUUGUCACUGACAAUGGUAGACAAUUCUCCAAUAGUCUGAUGGACAAAUUAUGUGAAAAGUUUAGUUUCAAGCAAUAUAAAUCGUCCAUGUAUAAUGCUGCAGCUAAUGGGUUGGCAGAAGCAUUCAACAAGACAUUAUGCAACUUAUUGAAGAAGGUGGUCUCCAAGACAAAAAGAGAUUGGCAAAAGAAGAUCGGUGAAGUGUUAUGGGCUUAUCGAACUACUGAUCGUACUCCUACAAGAGUUACGCCUUACUCUUUAGUUUACGGUGUAGAAGCUAUCCUUCCAUUGGAGCGAGAAAUUCCAUCACUAAGAAUGGCAGUGCUAGAAGGUUUAACCACUGAAGAUAAUGCAAAAUUACGCCUUCAAGAGUUAGAAGCACUUGACGAAAAAAGACUUGAUGCGCAGCAAACAUUAGAAUGCUAUCAGGCUCGAAUAACCAAAGCCUUCAAUAAAAAUGUUCGGCCUCGGUCAUUUCAAGUUGGUGAUAUGGUACUUGUUGUUCGAAGACCUAUCAUCACGACGCGUCACACAAGGAAUAAGUUCACACCUAAAUGGGAUGGACCCUACAUCAUCAAAGAAGUUUACACAAAUGGAGCAUAUAUGAUCGUUGAUAAAUAUGGAUUGAGAAUUGGUCCGAUUAAUGGCAAAUUUCUUAAAAGAUUUUAUGCAUGAAAUGUAAGCACUCCUUAUCUUAAUAGUCUAAACUAUAUGAUACUCCUGGCCCGCAUGAGUUAAAAAGGUGAACGGCCCAAAAAAAAAUCUUGUAUUUGAACUACGUUAUGACUUGAUCCCUUUCAUCGGAGGGUACGUAGGCAGCUUAAAGAAAAUUUUAAGUUCAGUCUCAACAAAAAAUAAAAAAAAAUGUG